UCCGCAUCCAGGCGCGCACAUGCCCGGGGCAGAGAAGUCGUUCUAUAGCUCUGUGCCCUCUCCUCCACCCUCCACCUUCCAGUCGACCCAUCCAGGUGGCUUCACUCCGUCAUGGGGUGGCUCACCGUCCCCUCCUUUGGAUCAGAGGAUGUCUUACGCUCAGAACAACAUGCCGCCCCCGGGAGCUCUGUUCAACGCUACUCCUCCCCUUCCCCAGAGCUCGUAUGGAUCGCCUGCACUCCAGUAUCCAAGCGCGGUUCACCCCUCCAACGCCUUCCAGGCUUUGCGCUCACCGCCCCUCUCCACCUCGCCGAACCCGACAGUAAUCACUCACUCGGGGCCUAGGAAUGACUUCAAUGCACCGUCUGACGAAGGCAAGCUCUCUGUAUCCAUUGAUUUUGGUACCACCUUCUCCGGAGUGGCAUAUGCGUCCUCUCGCAUUGCAUCAGGCACGGUGCAACAGAUACUGAAUUGGCCGGGAUCCUUUGAAACAUUCCGUAAGAUACCCACCUGCUUAAUUUACGAUGAACGUGGAGAAAUUGUCGCAUGGGGCCUCGAAGCCAAGAAUGCUGGUCCAAUGCCGGGGACAGUGAAAUGCGAAUGGUUCAAGCUUUUCCUUGAGCCACGUGUUCUGAGAGGGGAAGACGCAGAUGCCCGACUGCCCCAGUUGCCGCCCGGCAAAACCGCUAUGAACCUCAUCGUGGACUUCCUCUCGUGUAUGUGGGAAUAUGCCAAAGAACAGAUAACCAAGGAGAUCGGCGCAGUGGCGGAUUUGAAUAGCGCGGAUGUUUUGGUGACUUGCCCCGCGGCUUGGGACGCCAAAGGCUGUGAUAUGAUGCGGAAUGCUGCCAUCGAGGCGGGAUUAGUCCAAUCUGCUCGAGCGGGUGAUCUGAACUGGCGCGACAGGCUACGUAUUAUUACGGAACCUGAAGCAGCUGCAGUACACUGCGCUCGUCUGACGGAUCUACACAAGCUGCAUCCCAACCAGAACUUCAUGAUCUGUGAUGCCGGAGGCGGCACAGUGGACCUCGCCGUGUACAAAAUUAUCGGGAACAUGUCCAACCUCGAGAUUGCGGAGAUGUGUGCACGUUCCGGGGCUAAUUGCGGGUCGCUCUUCCUCGAUCUUCGCUUCCGAGAGCUAAUGAAGACGCUCUUGGAGCAACAUCCGGUCCAUCUCGAUCCCGCCAGUCUUGCUUACUUCAUGCAUUCAUUCAGCGAAACGGACAAAUUGGCUUUCAGGGGUGAGAUUGACGAUGAUACGUUCUUCCACUUCACCUGCUUCAAUGUGGAAGACCCCCAUGACCCUUCCGUCGGCCUUGUUAAUGGCGAAGUCAACAUUCCUGGAAACCUCAUUCGCCGAGAAGUGUUUGAUCCUGUGGUGAACCAGGUCCUCGAUUUGAUUCAUGAACAGUCCAAGAAGACCGAUCAAAGUAUUGACGCGCUUCUACUUGUGGGAGGCUUCGCAGGCAGCGAGUAUCUUUUCAAGCGGGUACAGGAGACACUUGGCAGUACCAUCCGGGUAAUAGCGAGGCCAUCGGAUGCUGAUACUGCGACAGUCCGCGGCGCCGCUCAGUACGGUCUAGCAAGGAAGGCAAUCGUUUCGACGGUCAUUGCGCCCCGUUCAUAUAUAAUGAAGGUCAAGCUUCCUGCGGAGCCCGAGGACUGGGCAAAGCGUCCCGCUUACAUCCGAGAGAACAAUGCGGGGAUCCCCAUUUGUGACAACAGGUUGCAGUAUUUGGUGAUGAAGGGUGCCAUCAUUCGGAAGGGGCAGCAAGUCAAAACCAAAUUCUGUAAAUUCUCCCAAAACGCACAAGAUUGUGUCUUCGUGGCCGUCCUUUACACCGCGGACUCGGACAAGAUGAUGCGUUAUAGCGAUGAAGGAGAAACGAUAGAGCUCUGCAAAUGGACAGUUGACCUGAGCUCAUUGCCCAGCUUCCAACGAAACUCAAGUAUGCCGCAGCCCAACGGGUUCUUCACAGAAUUCGAGAUCGGCCUCGAGCUCGAUAGCGCAGAAGUGCGAGGAGUUUUGUUUUACGAAGGACAGGAGUGGAGUCGUGUCGUGUUCGACUUCCUCAACUGAUGGCAGAAAUGAGAGACCUGUUCUAUCCUUUGAGGGCGGCUUUUGGGAUCUAGGGUGUCACGGAUAUUCAAAUAUUCAAGAUCUAAUGUACGGUCAAUACUUCUAUUUUAUAAUGAUAUCCAUCGGCGCAGCUAUGCUGUCAAAAAUA